GGCUUUAGAGGCGCGGGACUAGUUCCUUUUAACCUAGAGCAAGUGCUAUUAAAGCUUGAUGUGGUCCUUCACACGCUAACACCACCACCACUAGAGACUACCCUAUAGGAAUCUAAAACACCAACCAGCGCAAAGGAGGUUAAGUCACAAAUGUUGUAUAUCUGUGAGCGCAUGCAAUUACACAGAGAUUCGCCCCUGUCUCCUAUUAUAAAAUCACUUAACCUGCUUACUAGAGGGGUUGCGUGGAUAGACUAUGCUAACGUGUUGCAGAGAAGGGAAAUAGAUAGUAUAAAGAAGGCUAUUAAGGCUCUAACAGUGCAGCGUGGUUGCAAAAGAAAAUAGAAGGCUCUCACAGUUAGUAAGGUACAGGAUAUAAUAGCUAAGAAGGAUGGUGGUGGUGGUGAGGCAUCUAAACAGUCUAGGAAGAAGGUGCGCAAAGAGAGGCACUGCGGACGUUGCGGCAAGACUAGCCACAAUUUGCGCACCUGCACUGCAGAAAUAUUAGAUGCAGAU